AUGGAUAAAAUAAAAAUAAAAAGUUCAUUUCUUAAACUAUCUGGUUAUGAAUUCAAAAUUGCUGUUGAUAAAGAUAUUGAAUUAUCUUCAGAAUUUUUAACGUUACCUGUUGAUACUGGAAAAGAAACCAUUCUGGGUUCACUUUCUUUCAAAAAUGUUAUCAAAUUGUUGGAUAAUUCUGAACAGAAAGGAGCUGGUUUGGUUCUUCAUGUAAAUAAUUAUAUGAUGAGAAAACUUCAACAAUACUUGGUGCCGGGAAGUAAUAAAUUGAUGGAUUACAAGUCUUCAUAUUCACAAAAUAAGUAAGCCUAGAUUUUAUUUACCGGGUUUAUUCUAAUAGAACGACUAGUGGUUCUAUUGUCUACCGAUCAACAGGCAGGUCGAUAUUUAUUUUUAUUUUCAACCCCUCCAUUUGGGGUGGCUGUAUUAGGGACAGUAGUUCUAUUAAAAUAAAUUCGGUAGGUUAUGUUUUUGAACACUAUCUGAAAGGAGGUGCCCAAUUCUAUUUAUUUUUCCUUAUUUCCUUGCAUUAACUCGAAAUAGUCCUUUUUUCCUUUUAGCACUUAAUGUUUGUUGAUUUCCUUCGUAAGAUUUUUUUAAUAAAAUUUGACAUAAUUUUGAAGAACAAAAAUUUUUGCUGAUAAUGAAUAAAGUUAAGUACUCACCCAGAUCCAAUGGCCAUAGGUCUCGAACCAGUAAAUAUCGAAUUCGCUUAGUA